UACAGAUUUCCAAGAUGUCUGAGAUUGUUUCGGCAGGAAAGAGAGGAAGAGUGUGGGAGUGUUGCUUGUGCAACUUUAGAGGAGAGCGCCACUACCUGUUGCGACAUAUGUAUUCGAAACAUCUUACAUUUGAUGAGUGGCCGUACAGAUGCCCUGUAUGUGGAUACAGCCAUUACGAUUACAACAACUUCAAGGAGCAUCCUCAGUGGUAUUCACUUAACUCAGCUUUGAAGGGAUCUUCCUCUGUUCUACUUCCAACAUCUGCUGACAUCAGGGAGGAGAGCAAGGUCGUCUUCACCAUGAUUUGCCAGCUGACUCUUGGGGACUCUGACGCCCACUGGGAGCGGAAGCGUCGAGUCAACACCUUGGCACAGUUUCGACCACCAGCCCCUGUUGCUUUGCGCACCAUCCUUCCUUCAUCUUUCCCUCCCAGUGGAGCUCCAGCCACUAAGCCAGUCUGACUCCCACUGAUGUACCUGCUCGUCUCCCUGGUGUGCCUGCAGCUGAUGUACCUGCUGGUCCUGGUGUCCCUGCAGCUGAUGUACCUGCUGCUGAUGUACCUGCUGGUCUUCUUGAUCUGCCCGUCACCUCUUCUGGUAUACCUGUUGUGCCGAGCAAGGAGGACGUUGAUAUUCUUUCAGAGUUUCUGGUCUUCGAGGAUACCAGCGAAUUCGACACCAAGUAACCUCCUCGUACCCGUGACAUAGGGACCAACACCUCCUCUUACAAAGAUGAAGUCUCCAGGCUGAAGAAGAUUUGUCGAGAGGCAGGAGCGAGCCCUCAGGAAUAACACGUCUGUCAUCGUUGAUCUGCAGCGGCUGCUUAGGGAGAAGCUGGAUGACCCUGCCUCUCGACAAAUCCACUUGGUCCUGGAGAAGGUGAGAG